GCAGUGCCGAAAGUUUCGUCUGGUUGUACCCUCGAUGAUGACGAUAUCGAAACUAUUGUUGUGCCAAAGAAAGCACGAAUUGAAACUAGUUUAAAUAUUAGUGGAACAAACAGCGCGGGAGAUUUGCCGGAGAAUAUUAUCUUAGUUGACGAGGAUGAGGAGAGGGAAAUGAAUAACCGGUCGGGAGCGGAAAUGCCAAGUAAAGAACGAUUCAUGGAUUUAUGGAAGAAAGAAUUGGAGCAGUGUAAUCACAUCCUCAAUGAUGAAUAUUUUCAUCCAAAAUACUAUCCUAUGCUUACUGGACCCCAGCUAAGUUCUGCUUGUGCUGUGGUCGGUGCUCGUGUUGCUCAAGAAGCAAUAAAAGUGCUCUCUCACCGCGACGAACCACUUCAGAAUGUCUUCUUCUAUUCGGCGCUGGAUAGCAGUGGUAUCUUAUGUCGUCUACCACCCGAUAUUUAA